AUGGGCGUCAUCUGCAUUUUCAUAUGUUUCGCCGUCGGCCUCUCCACCAUCAUCACCAACCUGCUAAGCUGGCUCCUGCUCUUCUCCAUCAUAUGUUUAAUCUGCGCCCCCAUUAUCCUGUUCGUCGAGGUGCCGUUCCUGCUCCGCAUCUGCCCGACCUCUGCGAAGUUCGACGCCUUCAUCCGCCGCUUUAGCUCCAACUACAUGCGCGCGGCCAUCUACGGCGUCAUGAGUGCGAUACAGUGGAUUAGCAUCUCGGUCCAUUCAUCGGCGCUGAUUGCGGCGGCCGUGACGCUGUUCCUUGCGGCCGUGUGCUAUCUGCUGGCCGGUGUGAAGGGGCAGGCGUUCCAAGGGAGCAAGGCGUUGGGUGGUCAGGGUGUGGCGCAGAUGAUCAUAUAA